AUGUUCUUCCUCCAAGGUUUCUUGCUUCUUGCUUUUCUGGCUUCGGCGGGCUCUGCUGCUCCAAACAGCUAUCGUGCAGAGGUUCUCCGCCGCACCGCCGCGGGUACUACAGCAUCCUCUACAACCACAACUACCGCCAGCACGACUUCCACAUCUAAUGUUGAGGUUACUGGUACGACCGGGACUGUUGUUGCCGAUGCCUCAACGCUCCCGGCAUCAUACGAUUCUGCCCCUGCAACCGUAAGCACGGAAACCUCCGAUACAAGCACUGGCUACAACUCUACCACUAUGGCUUAUGGCACUGCGGCGACGACGACACUGUCCUCUUGGAUCAACAUCUGGCCCGACCCGCGCUACGCCAUGGACCCGGACAAAGCCUUUACCGCCUUCACUCUGUUCGCUAAUAACGGAACUAACAGCACGUCAAUCAUUGCCGACCAUGACGUUUGCGCGAACCUGACCGCUGCAAAUUUUGGAAAAUGGGACAACCUGGCCGAUGCGUACUUCUUCCACGAGUUGGAAGCAGACAAGGCGAUGUGCUUCUUGUACACGUAA